AAGCCGUCCGCUGUCGUAACAUAUUACAUCACUUAUCAGAGCGUGUUUCUGGUAUUUGGGAACCCCGCGCCCCCCUUCCUACCCUCCUCGGAAAGGAAGCAAGCCCGGAGACGAUCCCGCUUCCCGAUCGACCGCUCGAUCCAGGGAUCGAGCCGGUGCGAGGGUUGGGCUCUGAUUGAAACAGAGGUCGAGAGAGAGAGAGAGCAAGAGGAGGAGAGGAAGAGAGAGAAGAGGAGAUGGGGGAUUACCACAGCCAUGGUGGCGGGCGGGGGCAUGGGUGCUGCCCCACGAUGGAUCUAAUGCGGUCGGAGCCGAUGCAGCUUGUCCAGAUCAUCAUCCCCAUCGAGUCCGCACACCUCACUGUCUCCUACCUCGGUGACCUCGGCCUCCUCCAAUUCAAAGACAAUAUGGAUAAUAUCAACAGGAAUGCUACCCAUCAAGCUUAACGCAGAUAAGAGCCCUUUCCAGCGGACGUAUGCUAACCAGAUAAAAAGAUGCGGAGAGAUGGCACGCAAGUUAAGGUUUUUCGGGGAGCAAAUGACAAAGGCAGAUAUAUCACCUUCAGCAAUGCCCGUCACACGGACUCAUAUUGAUCUUGAUGACUUGGAGGUAAAACUUGGAGAGCUUGAAGCUGAGCUGAUUGAAGUCAAUUCAAAUGGUGAAAAAUUGCAACGCACUUUUAAUGAGCUAUUAGAAUAUAAACUUGUCCUUCAGAAGGCUGGUGAAUUUUUCUACUCAGCUCAAGGUCAUGCUACGGCCCAACAGAGAGAGAUUGAAGCACAUCAAGUUGGCGAUGGUUCUCUUGACAGUCCUUUGUUAUUGGAGCAAGAAAUGUUGGCAGAUCCAUCAAAGCAAGUAAAACUUGGGUUUGUCAGUGGCCUUGUACCCAAAGAAAAGGCAAUGGCUUUUGAAAGAAUUUUGUUCCGUGCUACCAGAGGCAACAUGUUCCUCAAACAAGUUGCAAUUGAUGAUCCAGUCACUGAUCCAGUUUCAGGAGAGAAGGUUGGUAAAAAUGUGUUUGUGGUCUUCUAUUCCGGGGAAAGAGCAAAGACCAAGAUUCUCAAGAUAUGUGAAGCUUUUGGAGCCAAUCGUUAUCCAUUUACAGAGGAUGUGGGCAAACAAAUGCAGAUGAUUGAUGAGGUGUCAUGGAAAAUCUCAGAACUGAAGACCACAAUAGAUGUUGGAUUAAUUCACCGCGAUAGCAUACUUAAAAAUAUAGGCUAUCAGUUUGAGCAGUGGAAUCACUUGGUAAGGAGAGAGAAAUCUAUAUACCACACUUUAAACAUGCUCAGCCUUGAUGUGACCAAAAAAUGUUUAGUUGCUGAGGGAUGGAGCCCUGUUUUUGCAACUAGUCAGGUUCAAGAUGCAUUGCAGCGGGCUACCUAUGAUAGCAACUCCCAAGUUGGCUCUAUUUUCCAGGUUCUCCAUACAAAUGAAUCUCCACCCACAUAUUUCCAGACCAACAAAUUUACUUCUGCAUUCCAGGAAAUUGUUGAUGCCUAUGGGGUUGCCAAAUAUCAGGAGGCAAAUCCUGGAGUUUACACUAUCAUUACAUUUCCUUUCUUGUUUGCAGUCAUGUUUGGUGAUUGGGGUCAUGGUAUUUGCUUGUUACUGACAACUUUGUAUUUUAUUAUACGAGAAAAGAAGUUGUCUUCUCAGAAGCUCGGAGACAUAAUGGAAAUGACUUUUGGUGGUCGCUAUGUGAUUAUGAUGAUGGCAAUAUUCUCAAUUUACACAGGACUAAUCUAUAAUGAGUUCUUUUCGGUCCCAUUUGAGCUUUUUGGUAAAUCUGCCUAUGCAUGCCGUGAUUCUUCCUGCAGGGAUGCCACUACAGAGGGAUUGAUUAAGGUACGACCGGCCUAUCCAUUUGGUGUGGAUCCAAAGUGGCAUGGUACCCGAAGUGAGUUGCCAUUUCUCAAUUCAUUGAAGAUGAAGAUGUCUAUCCUUCUUGGGGUGGCACAAAUGAACCUUGGCAUUGUGCUGAGUUACUUCAAUGCAAAGUUCUUUAGGAAUAAUUUGAAUAUCUGGUACCAAUUUGUUCCUCAGUUGAUUUUUCUAAACAGUCUGUUUGGUUACCUGUCACUACUCAUCAUUGUGAAAUGGUGCACUGGAUCAAAAGCAGAUCUGUACCAUGUAAUGAUAUAUAUGUUCCUCAGUCCAACAGAUGAUCUUGGUGAAAACCAGCUAUUUCCUGGCCAGAAAACACUUCAGCUUGUGUUACUUCUGCUAGCCCUUAUUUCUGUUCCUUGGAUGCUAUUUCCAAAGCCCAUUCUCUUGAAGAAGCAACACCAAGAAAGACACCAAGGUCAAUCAUACACGAUGCUACAGAGCACUGAAGAAAUGCUUGAGCUGGACCAUGGUCACAGUUCACAUGGCCACGGCAAUGAGGAGUUUGAAUUUAGUGAAGUUUUUGUUCACCAACUCAUUCAUACAAUAGAAUUUGUCCUUGGAGCAGUCUCCAACACUGCUUCAUAUCUCCGUCUCUGGGCCCUCAGUCUUGCUCAUUCAGAGCUGUCAAGUGUGUUUUAUGAGAAGGUCCUCCUCCUUGCUUGGGGGUUCAACAAUAUCAUCAUUCUCAUUAUUGGUUUCAUUGUGUUCAUCUUUGCCACUGUUGGCGUUCUGCUUGUGAUGGAAACGCUAAGUGCAUUCUUACAUGCCUUGAGGCUUCACUGGGUGGAGUUUCAAAACAAGUUCUACGAGGGAGAUGGAUAUAAGUUCUCACCAUUUUCAUUUGCAUUGCUUGCUGAGGAUGAAGACUAGGAUGAUAUUCUUGAUUCUUAUUUUACAUGUAGCAGUUGGAUGGGCUCAAGCAGCCUGAGUGGAUGCUAGCUUUUGUAGAUGGAGAAAAAUGCCAGAUCAUUCUUGUUCUCCUUUUAUUGCAAAGGGAGGAAGGCCAAGUGAAAAAAAUGGCCAGGCAACAUGGGUGUAUUGUAUAGACAGCUGGUUCGUUCUGUUGCCUUCGUAUAAUAUUUAUUCUUGAUUGAAAUCCGGUAAGGCAAUUCAAGAUGAUAAUAAAUCCUGGAGGACAUGACCUUAUUUUACUCAUGCCCGUCAAUGGUAAGCAAAGUUCUUGUUCUUGCAUUAUCUACGUUUCUGCUAGUUGUCCCCUUUCUUUUCAACAUCCUCACGUUCUAGUCAUUGAAUCUGGUUAAAUAUUUCCAUAUUCUCGUGCUAUGUAUCUUGCUAAUGAAUUUGCUGUAGAGUUCAGUAAUUAUAGCCAGUGUCUGAGAGAUAAGGACAUCUUAGGCUUGUAACAGAUUUUCUUUCAAGUUUGAUCGUGACAGAAUUUAAAGACACUACGUCAGGUGAUGGAUCCUGCUAUAUAGACAGUGAUGCAGGCUGCUAGUUUGGGUCAAUAAGGUGAUAAACAUAGUAUUGAUUCAUAGGUCAUGUCAAUAGAAGUUUGAGUAAGCUCUAAAGUUUCAUUAUAUAUUUGUUUUUACAAUUUGUAAGCUUUAUUUUCUGCUGGUAAUAAUUGGGAUAUCUGAAAAUGUUGUUACUUGUAGCAA